GAGAGAGAGAGAGAGAGAGAGAGAGAGCAGGCAGCGGCAGGCAUCACGACUUGACUUCUACUCCAGGCAACUUAACAAGGAGGAAGCAAAGCACACUGGCACUCUGUGAUUCUGUGCUCAGCUUACCAGUGCUCAAGUUAGGGGUUUUGUGUGUGGAAGGGCAUGAAAUGAGGUGUGAUGAAAAAGGACUGUGUUUCUUCAGUACUGGAUUGACAUGUAGUAGCUUACAAGUAGAAAGUCAUGUUUAGCUUUUGUGUUCUCAUUUAAAAUUUUUUUUUACUGUUUUUGGGGGGCAGGGAGGGGAUAUUUAUUUCAAGUUUUUAUUUCUUGAGUUUUGUUUAUCCAUGGUCAAGAGUUUCAGGGACAAUGAAGACCACUCGGAAAUGUAGAGCGCUCUUGGCUGUCAGUUUGAAUCUGGUAGCUCUCUUUUUUUCCACCACUGCUUUCAUCACCACUUACUGGUGCGAGGGGACACAGAGGGUCCCCAAGCCAAACUGCAGCAAGGACAGGAAGCACAACUGCAUUAACUACAAUGGGAAUGAUACCAACCAGAACAAAGUGCACUACAGCUGGGAGACAGGAGAUGACAGGUUUCUGUUCAGGCAUUUCCACACAGGCAUCUGGUACUCCUGUGAGGAAAACAUCAAUGGUGCAGGUGAGAAAUGCAGAAGCUUUAUUGAUCUGGCCCCAGCGUCUGAGAGGGGUGUCCUUUGGCUGUCAGUGGUGUCUGAAGUGCUGUACAUCAUGCUGCUGGUCGUUGGCUUCAGUCUAAUGUGCCUGGAGCUCUUUCACUCCAGCAAUGUGAUAGAUGGGCUGAAACUGAAUGCCUUUGCAGCUGUGUUCACUGUGCUUUCAGGACUCCUAGGAAUGGUGGCCCACAUGAUGUACACUCAGGUAUUCCAGGUGACAGUCAGCCUUGGGCCAGAGGACUGGAGACCCCACACGUGGGACUACGGCUGGUCGUUUUGCUUGGCCUGGGGCUCGUUCACCUGCUGCAUGGCAGCCUCUGUCACCACCCUGAACUCUUACACAAAGACAGUCAUAGAGUUUCGCCACAAGCGCAAGCUGUAUGAGCAGGGCCUCCGUGAGGAACAGACAUUCAUUGACCAGGAGGCCUUCAACUACUUCCGGGACCGCUCUGUGCAAUCCAUCUCCAGCUCUGUUGAAGUCUUUCCGGGGCCAGCAGGCAACAGUGGGGGCAAGACGCUGGUCCCCUCAGGCUCAAUAGACAUGGGAGAGAUCCGUGAGUCGCUCGGAGAGGAGCAGUGCUGAGACCGAUACAUCUCCGUGGAAAUGUGAGCAAGGAAUGGAGCUACGCUGCCUUUUUACCCGUCGAUCAACGACCUUCAGAUAGCAAAUUCAAACGCACUAUGUGAUGUUCCUUUUAUGAAGUGGUUGUGAGAAAUGGAAAAUACAGCAGCUUGUAGGAAGGCUCUCUGAAAAGGCCAGGCUCAGCUCUGUAUACAGUAGGUAAGCAGCAACAGUCACAUGCACGGUGGACCAUCACAGCUUAUGCAUCCGGUCUUGCUUCCUGGGUAGCUCCACUCGGACAUGGCCUGUACUUUUGUAAUUUCGAACUAAAUUGAGGCAAGAAGUUGACUAUAGCAGAACAGCCCUUUAUAUUUUGUGGCCAUUUCAGUUACUGUUUACAUAUAUCAUUGUUUUUUUGACUACCACAAAACAAACAUGUUACUACUGUACUUUCAGUUCAGACCGGGGUCACAUACUGGUCACCAUGUGUAAGUGUAUAAUUGCUAUGUACUGUGAAGCAGCUGAAAUAAUUAAUGUAAGUACAGUUCAGGCUAUUAGAAAGUAGACCACAUGUCCCACUGGAAGCCAUUGAUAAAGUACAAUAAAUAAAAACUACAUUUGAACAUCUUAAAACUAUGUAUUGCUUUAAUCAAAAACACAUGGAUAUUGCCUUAUAAAAAUAUUAUGAUAAAAUCAAACCUGUAGUUUCAAUAUUUAGUGAUAAUUUACAGUGAUUUGCAUUUGCUAUAAAAUAUAACAGACCACAAAUGCAUUUUAAAUGGCUUUUAUUAAUUUAUAUCAGGUGAUCUUCUAUAUUUACUGUAUUACAUUGUCCAUAUAGAGAACAUUUAAGUAUGCAGACAGAAUCUGAAUGUUUUGCUGGACUUGCUCUUUGUGAUGUUCAUAAGAUGUCAAUGUGUGUCCAACAAGCACAACUAUCUUCUCUUUUCACCCAUUCCUGGAACUAUAUUGAAAAUAAAAAGAUGUGUA